AUGGAGGAACACCAUUGCUGCAUUUACUCGAAGAUAUACUCGAAAUUCAGUAUUGGUUUAUUUGUAAUUAGUUUAGCAAUCGUUCUGAUGGUUCGUGUACUGUAUGUUAUAUACCGGUGUGGCAAACCGUUUCCGAAAGGAGCUUCAAAGUCAUUUAGUACUCUUAUUGUUCUUGGUUCUGGGGGACACACUGCAGAGAUGUUGAGUCUCCUCUCUGUUUUGCGGAAGGAUAGAUUUACACCGAGGUUUUACAUUGCUGCAGCUACGGAUAACAUGAGUCUCCAGAAAGCUCGUAGCUUUGAAGAUUCUGUAGCUGAUAAGCCUGCUGUUAAGGAAGGCUCCUUACAGUUCAUGCAAAUUUACCGGAGUCGAGAAGUUGGUCAGUCUUAUGUGACUUCUGUCUGGACUACUAUUGUUGCUAUUGUUCAUGCUCUGUGGCUAAUGAUCCGGAUCAGACCACAAGUGAUUCUUUGCAAUGGUCCUGGGACCUGUAUUCCUUUGUGUGUGAUCGCUUUCUUGUUCAAGGUACUGGGAAUUAGAUGGUCAUCUAUCUUUUAUGUUGAGAGUGUAGCAAGAGUGAAAAAGNUCUCGUUAAGUGGAUUGCUGCUUUANAAGUUACGGAUAGCUGAUCAGUUCUUUGUUCAAUGGCCUCAACUGCAAAAGAAGUAUCCUCGGGCUCACUAUGUCGGGUGCCUGAUCUGUUCUGAAGUUGUUAAUGCCAUUGCACUGAGCUUACAAUUUGAUUUGGGUAUUCUGCUUAACACCAUAGGCUACCUUCAGGCCGAUAAGCUUACUCAGCUUAUUUUUACUGCCCACUUGACCCUUCUGCUUUUGGAUGUGAAACCCCAAAUUGCUAAGAUCAUAGAAAUCACCUUUAACCCAUUCAUUUUGUCAUGGAAAAUGAUGACAGCCAGGAUAGGAACCACGGGCAAUCCCAAAACGCUUAUUGCAUUUGAAAAUAGAGCAGAAAGCUNNAAGAUUAGUCCUGUGCCACCAAUGCUGAACACCUGCCAGUUCGAGUCUAAGAGUUUUCGCAAUCCUCGUUCCAAUUCUGAGUUUCCUGGGUUACGAUUUAGUCGAAGAACCUCUUUAAUCUGCAAUUGCUGCAGCAAGAGAACCGGAGAUUCAGGUUCAGGUGAAAACGAAAACAGAAGUGUUUUAGAUGCUUUCUUUUUGGGAAAAGCAUUAGCUGAGGUUAUCAACGAGCGAAUUGAGUCUACUGUUGGAGAAGUUUUGAGUACUAUUGGAAAGUUUCAAGCUGAGCAACAGAAACAAGUUCAGGAGAUUCAGGAGGAGGUACUCGAACGAGCCAAGAGAGCUAAGGAAAGAGCAGCUCGAGAAGCCAUGGAGGAACAAGGACUUGUUGCUUCCAAACCAGAGACAAUAAACCGAAAAUCGGACGCUGGCGUUGUUACCUCUGUAACUCCUACUUCGACCUUUGAAAGCAAUGCUAUAAGUAAUGAAAAUCUGUCAGGUUUCUCUGGAUCUUCAAUUGGUGGCGAAAGUUCGAGUUCUAGUGAUGAAGACAGUGUCUAA